UUAUGUGGACUACCGGAGCGACAGCGCAGUCCAAGACCUUGCAGGUUUGUGAUGAGGAGGGAGCUUCCAUCUUCUCUCUGCUUCUUCAUCCUCUUUUAAGAGCAAUUUAGACGUAGACUUAGAUCAGAUUCCGAACCUAAUUCAUGAUUAGCUGACUGGAGUAAAGAGAAGGAAGAGUCUAUAAUAGUUUUGAUGCUGUUAGGUGGAUAUGAAGUGAAAAGUGUUAUUAUCAUUUUUCCUUCUUUUUUUUGUGGUUUUGUUGCAUUUUUUUUGUACUCUCACAGGAGGCGUUUGGCUGAUGUCUUUCUCGCGCGGAUGCAUUUGAGAUGAGAUGCGAAAAGCAAAUAUUCCGCUUUUAUUUCUAAACGAACAUCAUGCCUGCACGCGUGUGUGUUUUCCCGGAGAAUGGAAGCGCAUGACGGGGGAUUACUAUAUUCUCACACUUUUCCAGAUACCCAGCUCAACUAAAUAGAGUCGCCUGUACCGAUCGGGGUAAUUGGAUUUUAUAACAUCCACCUACUCAUCAUCACACAAAAAAAAAAAAUAACAACGGCAAACUCGUGUUUAGACCGCACGGCAAAGGGCUAAGUUGCAUCGUUCUGUAAUGGUAAAAAGGCUGCCGCGAUUGUGGCCAGUGGAAUUUAGAGAGAGACUGCCUUUAGACAAUCCCGUUUUACGCAAAUUGUCAGACUGAAACUGAGCAACUUCAGCGUUUUCUAUAGGAUGUCGCGCCGCAAGCAAGCUAAGCCAAGAUCACUGAAAGUAGAAGACAAUGUGACAGAGGACCAGCACAGUCCUGGGCAGACUGCCAUUCCAAGCGAUCCAGAGUGCGCCCUCGAGAGGGCGGCGGAGGAUGGUGAGACCGGGCGUCUGAGGAAGAGGCUGCUCUCUCCAGAGGAAGCAGAGGAGGGAGAGGACGACGAGGAGGAGCCCGCGCUGCACAGCUGCGACAGCUGCCGGCAGGUGUUCGAGUCGCUGAGCGAUCUCACCGAACACAAGAUUAAUCAAUGCCAGCUGACAGACGGUGGUGAUCUUGAAGAUGACCCAUCGUGUUCUUGGCCAGCAUCAUCUCCUUCCAGUAAGGAUCAGGCUUCUCCAGGACACUGCGAGGACUACGAUUUUGGCGAGGACGAAGGGGGCCCUGGCCUGCCAUACCCAUGCCAGUUCUGUGACAAGUCCUUCAGCCGCUUAAGCUUCCUCAAGCGCCACGAACAGAGCCACGGGGAUAAACUCCCUUUCAACUGUACCUUUUGCAGUCGCUUGUUUAAGCACAAGCGCAGUCGAGAUCGGCACGUGAAGCUACACACCGGUGAUAAGAAGUACCACUGUGGAGAGUGUGACUCUGCCUUUUCCCGCAGUGAUCACCUCAAAAUCCACAUGAAAACUCACGCCUCUAACAAACCCCACAAGUGCCCUGUGUGCCGCCGAGGCUUCCUUUCCUCCAGCUCUCUCCAUGGCCACAUGCAAGUACACGAAAGGGGCAAAGACGGCAGCAGUUCAAGCCUUUCUAGAGCUGAUGAAUGGAAGCUGAAAGAAACUCGCAAAUGCAGCCGUUGUGAGGAGGGCUUCGAUGUCCCCGAGGAGCUCCAGAGGCACAUCGCGGAGUGCCACCCUGAGUGCUCUCCAUCAGAGGAUGGAGGCCUGGGUGCCACCCUGCAGUGCAUUUACUGCCAUGAGCCCUUCAGUGAUGAGGGAACCCUGCUGACCCACAUUGACCAGGCCCACAGCCGAGACAGGAAGGGCCACUCCUGUGCUAUCUGCUCUGAGCACUUUCUGUCUGUCGAGGACCUCUAUGCUCACAUGGACAUCCACCAGCUCCCCGAAUCUAGUAACCAUAGCAACAGCCCUUCUUUGCUGACCGUGGGCUACACCUCUGUCUCUAGCACCACUCCUGACUCCAACCUCUCUGUCGACAGCUCCACAAUGGUGGAGACGGCGCCACCUGUGCCCAAGACAAGGGGGAGGAGAAAGAGGGCGGCUCAAAACACAUUGGAUAUGGGAGGACGUUCCUCCAAACAGCCUAAAGUCUCCUACAGUUGCAUCUACUGCAACAAGCAUGUGUUCUCUAGUUUGGCUGUGCUUCAAAUUCACCUGCGAACCAUGCAUCUGGACAAGCCAGAGCAGGCUCAUACUUGUCAGUUUUGUUUGGAGGUUCUGCCCUCUUUACUAAAUCUAAAUGAACAUCUUAAGCAGGUCCACAAUGCAGAAGACCAUGCUGCACUGUUAGCCAGCUUGCCUGAUGCCCUCCUUCAGUGUAACUUCUGCCCUGAGGUAAUGAAUGACCUCAAUGGCUUACAGGAACACAUUCGCUGCUCCCAUGGCUUUCCCAGUCCUGUGGCAAAGGAGAGCAAUGCCUUCUUCUGCCCCCAAUGCUUCAUGGGGUUCUUGACGGAGACUACCUUGGAGGAGCAUGUUCGUCAGACUCACUGUGAUGGGGGAAGCCUGCGCUUUGACUCCCCCCUGGCUGUAACUCCCAAGGAGUCUAUAGUAGAGGUGUACUCCUGUUCAUACUGCACCAAUUCCCCAAUAUUCAACAGUGUUCUGAAGCUCAACAAGCACAUCAAGGAGAAUCACAAGAACAUUCCACUGGCACUGAACUACAUCAACAAUGGAAAGAAAUCCCUGCACACUCUCAGCCCCUCUUCACCAAUAUCUGUGGAACAAACCAUGCUUAAACCAGGAGGCUCAGCCUCACGUUCUACCGGUGAGUUCAUAUGUAACCAGUGUGGAGCCAAGUAUACCAGUCUAGACCUUUUCCAGACGCACCUAAAAACUCAUCUGGAUGGCAUGCAGCCUCAACUCACCUGCCCACAGUGCAACAAAGAGUUCCCCAACCAGGAGUCCCUAUUGAAGCAUGUGACGAUUCACUUCACUAUUACCUCCACGUAUUACAUCUGUGAGAGCUGUGACAAGCAGUUCACUUCAGUGGAUGACCUACAGAAGCACCUACUCGACAUGCACACCUUUGUGUUCUUUCGUUGCACUUUGUGUCAGGAGGUGUUUGACUCAAAGGUGUCUACUCAGCUCCACCUGGCCGUAAAGCACAGCAAUGAGAAAAAGGUGUAUCGCUGCACCUCCUGCAACUGGGACUUCAGGCAUGAGACUGACCUACAGCUACAUGUCAAACACAGCCAUCUGGAAAACCAGGGCCGUGCCCACCGCUGUAUUUUUUGUGGGGAGUCCUUCGGCACAGAGGUGGAGCUGCAGUGCCACAUCACUACCCACAGCAAGAAGUUUAACUGCCGCUUCUGCAGUAAGGCCUUCCAUGCCAUUGUCCUUUUGGAGAAGCAUUUGAGGGAGAAACACUGUGUGUUUGAGGGAAAGGCACAGAACUGUGGUGCUAAUGGUUCUACUGGAAGUGGUGUGGAUGGCCAGCCUAAAGAAGAUGCUGAGCUACAUGGUCUCCUAACCAACAGCCAUGGUUCAGUGGUAGCAGUAGGAUCCGUGGUGGAGCCGCAUAACAACCAUGAUGGAAGUGAGGAAGAGGUGGACACUGCAGAUCCCUUGUUUGGGUGCGACAUCUGUGGGGCAUCUUACACCAUGGAUUCACUCCUCACUAACCACCAGUUGAGGGACCACAAUAUACGCCCUGGUGAGAGCGCCUUGAUGAAAAGGAAAGCUGACAUGAUAAAGGGCACCCACAAGUGCAAUGUCUGCUCCCGCACCUUCUUCUCUGAGCCUGGGCUGAGGGAACAUAUGCAGACCCACCUUGGGCCUGUCAAACACUAUAUGUGCCCCAUCUGUGGGGAGAGGUUCCCUUCCUUGCUCACCCUUACUGAGCACAAGGUCACCCAUAGCAAGAGUCUGGACACUGGCAGCUGCCGCAUUUGUAAGAUGCCACUGCAUAGUGAGGACGACUUCCUGGAGCAUUGCCAGAUGCACCCUGACCUGAGGAACUCCCUGACAGGUUUCCGCUGUGUGGUGUGCAUGCAGACAGUGACCUCUACAUUGGAGCUCAAGAUCCAUGGUACCUUCCACAUGCAAAAGACAGGCACUAUGUCCGGCAACCACCAACCCGUGGGCCGCAGCAAUAUCAUCUCUCAUCACCAGCAGCAACACCAUAUCCAAAAACCUUUCAAGUGCGCCUCUUGCCUGAAGGAUUUCCGGUCCAAGCAAGACCUGGUGAAGCUGGACAUCAACGGACUGCCUUACGGACUCUGUGCAUACUGCGUAACAGCAGCUGGCUCCAAGAGCUCCAGUCCAACGAUGAACGGAGGAAGGCAACAGCAGCAGCAUGGUGGAGCCACCACCCCAGCAACAACUACAGCCGCAUGGAUCCAGGCGGAGAGGCUCAGCCCUGGAGAUGGGAAAGGCAAAACUGUCUCUUCGUCAUCUUCAUCCUCUUCUACAUCCUCAUUAUCUGCUGCCAAGACACGAUGUACCAGCUGUAAUGUGAAGUUUGAGUCUGAGGCAGAGUUGCAAAACCAUGUCCAGACAGUGCAUCGGGAACAGGCUGGGGACAGCAACGGCGGGCAGCUCAAGACCCCACAGGUGUCCCCCAUGCCCAGAGCCAGUCCCUCGCAAACUGAAGAGAAGAAGACCUACCAGUGCAUCAAAUGUCAGAUGGUGUUCUACAGUGAAUGGGACAUCCAAGUCCAUGUGGCCAACCACAUGCUGGGCUCACAAGUAUCUGGAUCACAUCACCAAAUAGAGGAAGGAUUGAACCAUGAAUGCAAGCUCUGUAGUAAGUCAUUCGACUCACCAGCGAAGCUUCAAUGCCACCUGAUUGAGCACAGCUUUGAGGGCAUGGGAGGAACCUUCAAGUGUCCGGUCUGCUUUACAGUAUUCGUCCAGGCCAAUAAGCUCCAGCAGCACAUCUUCUCUGCACACGGUCAGGAGGAUAAGAUCUACGACUGCUCGCAGUGCCCACAGAAGUUCUUCUUCCAGACAGAGUUACAGGUGAGCCUCGGGCUGGCGUUUGCAAAGAAAAAAAAGAAAAAAAAAAGGGCCACCAGCAAGAAGCUGCGACCACUAAUCGCACAUGACAGCUUAACAAACACUAAACACCGCUCACCGCACUCCAGCUAUCAACCUCCAUCCCGGCUGGGAUGAGAGACUCAGAAGGAAUUAUUUCGGUCCGUUUCCAAAACUCAUUUGUGAUGUGCAGAUAUGAUUUGAUUUGCUUAUUAGACCAGCAGAGCACUAAAAUAUCUGGAAUUAGAGGAUUAGUGGAAUGUUCGUUUUUGAAGAGGUAAUUACAUGCAGUGCAGAGGCAAAAACACAGUUGAGUCAAUAUGCCUGCAUCUCCCCUCCUAAUCACAGAGGAGGCCUCAUGGCUAAAUAUGAGCUUUGUCCUUCGGGAGACCGUAUCUGCCCUUCAACAAAGUUAGUAGUUGGACUUAUGAACUCGCAACGUUAGAGAGAUAAUCCGUUUUCUAGCAAUCUUUUUCUCCGGUCCUUGGAGGAGCUGAAAAAAUGAAACAGACCUUAUUAUAUUAUUUCACUGUGGUGGUGUUUUCAAGCAGCUCCGUUUUGUUUUGGGGAUUAUCUGCCUUACACACGGCACACUUCUCAUAUCCAGAAUCUUUUUCUAUUACCUUUUGAAACUGAAUCAUUAAAAAACGAGUGGCCUAUAACAAAAGCGUUCGGUCCAAUCACCGAAAUUGCUCUUAAUUCGCCUUAAAGCGCAGAGAGUAACCAAAAGCUCCUGACCUCAUCCUCCAAGUCAAUUUAUCCGAAACUUGGAUUAGCAGCACGGCGUAUUAGCAGGUAGCCAGAGGAAGUAUCCAGGGCCUGGCUGCCCAUUGAUCGCCAACGAUUUUCAUAUUGAGAUUCAGGUUGUAAACAUAGAUCCGCGUGUCUGCCAGGAGGAAGGUGAAUGUGAUCAUUAUCUGCUGGACAUUUGAGCGCCGUGGAAGGUUAUUUAUCAAGCCUCGUGCUCCACCAAACUGCCAACAUGAAGUCUUUUCAUUAAUGCCAAGGCCUCCAAUAUAUCACAUUUUCAUCUCUGAUUGGUACGCGUGUUCUCUAUACAGCCAUGGGUUGGCGUAGGCACCUGUAAACAGUCUAACCUGGGGAUGUUUGUUUGCCUUUUUUUGGAAUGAUGUGAUCUCCAAUUCCCAGAGGUGUUGUUUCAUGCAUGAUGAUAUUGUUUUACACCCUGUGUGAAAAAACAAAGAGUGGAACAUGAAAGACCUAUGGCACUUUGUUAUGAAACGGGGGCUCAUGAAAGGAGAGCGGGGAUGAGCAUGGGGGAUAAGAUGAUCCUUACGCUCAACCUGCGCCCCGCUCUAUAGGCAGUCCCAUGUGAGUGCAUGCUCACACUCUCUCAAACACAUAUGUUGCUCAUUUGGAUGCGCACAUACGUACCGUUUCUUAUCACAUUCACACAGAAAAAUGCACGUCGUCAGUUUAUUUACAUCGUGACUGACUUCCUUCUUUAUCUGAAGACGCGACUCCUGAACUUGGUGGAUGUUAGAUUUGCCACUUUCACUGUCUGUAGUUGAAGCCCUUCACAAACAGUGCAGGUUGGAGUCUUGUUUUUAGUUGUUGUUUGUUUGCGGUUGCCAUUUCCCAUGCAUCACACUUCAAAAUGUCUCCCUGACAUGGGGCAGUCGUUUGUCAGUCUGUCUGAAGUGGAGCUGUCUUCCAGCAGCGCGAGAAGUGGAAGCUCUCCCCCUUUGCCGGGUCUUGAGUUUGGAGUUUCUCCCUGUUUCUCCCUGACACUCUGGCCCACUCGCAGGCUGCCUGGGCUCCUCAUCUCUCACAGUAGUCGGAGGGGUCAAAGGGCCAAUGCAAGCAGGGAGAAUCAGCGGCGAGAGGGAGAGCUGCCACGGCAGGUAAAGGGAAGCAGGAACGAUAUUUUAUUAAUUUGCUGCUGAGAUCCUGAAACAGACCAAAGGCUGUGACAGGUAUCCAGUGCACCGCUCCACAUCCUCCCCCACUGCCUCCCCCCGUGAACUCUACCCUGCGAGGGGCUAGCCAAUUUUCGCCAGCCUGUCGAGAUGGAUGAUGGGAGAGCAUCCGUCUAAUCAGCCCUCCUAGGACCCCCCGCCCAGCCGCCCCCCUCAGACUGGCCAGAUUGACUGACUCCUGGGCCUGUGUGCCCCAGAAUCCAGAUUCCAAAGGAGAAUAAUCUCUCUUGCUCUCCCUCGCUCUCUCCCUCUUUCCUCUUUCUUUCACGGACAAAAAAAAUAAAUAAGCACUGAGAUGCAGAGACCACCAUUCCCCUCGAAACUCUCCAGAGGACUCCCCUCCACCAUCACACACACUCACACAGCCUCCACCCUGUGCAUCCCUCACCCCAUUAAAAUAUGGAGCAAAGUCUAGAUAUUUCAUGAGGUGCUGAUGGGGAGGGCAAGCUGGCUGGCUGUGCAGCGCUCUCUCUGACCCUCAACUACUGCCCACCCCUUGAGCAUGGCUUCACUUCAUCUUCUCUCCCAAAUAAGACACUUUUAAAUUUAGAUAUAAGAAAAUUGAAAAGCAGCUGCCCCCUUUUGAGCAAAUAAUGUUGCUGGGUUCGAGCAAAGUCCAUAUUGCAUUGUGAAACAUAAACUUUGCGUUGGCUUCGGUUGGAUGCCGUAGCUUUUUACAAUGCAAAACGAACUGAGACACUGACAAUGCUGCUAUAGGCUGGAUUAAUUAACCGGCUUCAUUAAGUGAUCGGUGUGCAGUAUUAGCCACAGCUUAAAUCUGACAUUUCUCUGAGUGCAGUUCAUUUGUGAAGAAAACCCACAAGUUCAGCUCCUCCAGAGAUGCGUCGAUCUGGAGGGCUCUGCAGAUUCCAGUUCCUCCGAAGACAAGACAAGACAAUGAGAUUGAAGUAACAGUAACAGCGAAGAUGACAUUUUCUGCACGAGAUUCCCUCGGUUCUUUUAAGCCGGGCUGUCUGUAUUUUUUUUUUUUUCCUCUCAAUCGUCCAAUUCCAUUAUCAUUGCUUAGAAGUGACACGAGAUUGUAAGUCAUGUGUUAAGUCGUGCCGCGAUCGACGGAGGAGUGGAAGGACUGGGGUACCAUAUUACUUCUCCCUCUCCUCAGACGCCCGCAGGACACAUACCUUAAUUGGAGUGUCUUUUAAAAGGAUUCCUUCAAAGACGAUCCAAGCGCCCUGGCCUUAAUGAGUGCUGAAAGUGACAAGAGCACAUCUGCAUCACGUUCUACUUCCCCACACAAAUGAGAUUCUCCUCUCCCCGUGUGAUAGCCAUUAUUGCCAAGCUGUGACCAAUUCCACUGUUUUAAUUAAGCAUAUUUAUAGGCUUCACGGUCACCAGGUGUAAACAACUAUGCGUGUCAUAACGUCCGUCUAAGGCGGGCAAAGAGGAGGAAAGAAUUGGAGAUGGACAGCCGCAGAGAGGGGAGGGAGUUGGGGAGAGAGCGCUAUAGAGGAAACGGCUGCAUGAAAUGGGUUAAAUGCAUCCAAAGUGUGUAUGCAGUGUGCUGUGUUUUUAAUAUCAUAAUGCAUGGAAUGACUUGAGUUCAUUCUAUGAAUGAUGGCUCUUCAAAACAAUAUUUUAGGCCUUUCUUAUCCACCUUCCUUUUCAUGAAGUCUUAAGAAUGGCACUCUUCAGCGUGAAGCACAGAGACCUAAUUCCCAGAAGUUUGUUUUUCUUCUUUCUAUUUUUUUUUAUGAAUUUUAAAAUAUGCCCCCAAAAACGCCCCAACUGCCCCACGUCCCAAAAGUGUCGCACAAAAGCAAAGCUUUGUGUGAUUGUCCCUAAGCGGCUCUCAAACACCCCAUUUUCUCUGAAUAUCUUGAUCUGCCAAGUGUGACAGCUCUUCACGCUUUUGAAAGUUUCAUAUAUAUAUUUCUUUUCCUUUUAUAUGACAACUUGUUUUCUUCUUCAUCACCCCAGGUACUCAGAAUUCUGUCACCAUUUCAAAAAAGUUGCACUACAAAAUAAAAGAACAAUGACUUAAGGAAGAAGAAGAAAAAAAAACAGCUGCUUGUGAGGCGCCAUCAUUAAUAUUUAAGCUUAUUUAUAAUUAUGUACAGCACUGUAAAUGCGGACAUAAACACCCUUAGAUGACUAGUGAUGUAUCACAAUGGUGGUGUUCUAGUUUUGUAGGUGGAUCAGAAUUAGACAGCAUGACAGACCUAAUGAUCCUGGGAGGAUAUUCUCUUUCUCUCUGUGUGUGUGUAUACAUCUGUGUGCGUGCUGUAUGUGUUUGUCUUUGUGUCUGUCUCUCCCAGGGUAUGAUAUGUGCAUGCAAACACAUUGUCUGGAGGGAGACAUGACAAAAACUCCCAGAAGCCUUUGAGCUGUUCUUUUUUUUUUUUUUUCUUCCUGUGUUGCACCACUGGGGAAAGUUAAAUCCAAACAAAGAGGAGACGCUUGGUGUGCUGCGCUACAAUCCAUCACCGGAUCUCUCCCUCAAACAUGUCUCCUUUACUUUUCUUCAUUGACUCUUUCAGCAACUUUGAUGAAUGCCAUUUUUCGGCGCUUCUCAGGAAAUUCACUGCAGGUUGAAUUUACUGCCUGUAGUGAUUUGAUUUCCAAGUGUCUAUUAUGCUGUUGAUGUUAACAAAAUGCAGCAGAGGCCAAAAUAAACCGCAUUAGAACAAUUAUUCCCUCUCGAAUUUCAGAUCCACGCGUCGCACCACCGAAGUAAUUUGUCUCUUCAGUUUUGGAAAAGGAUGUUGAAAUGAUACUCGUCAAUUAAAAGCAAAUGUUCCGAUUCGCUCCUCCAUUUCGGUGGGAAAACAUGUGAGUGCAGAUGGACUCUCGCCCUCCGACAGGAGCACGGAAAUGCAGCAGAAAAUGUAGUCCUCAGAAAUCGCUGCAUUUGUGAAGUGGCAUAUCAAGCAGCACAGGAGAGGGAGGGGGGGCAGGUGCUCUGUAACAUCCCUAGUCAAAGUCUGUCCCUGACUGAAGUGGUUAAAUGUGAGAGUAAUUGUGUUUUGUUUCUGGGACUGACAUGUGGAACCCCAUGGACCCCAUCUCCCUCCCAGUGACAGGCAGAGAUCCUCCCCCCUCGCUCUGUCUAAUUAGAGGAUGUAGCCCAGGGCUCAUGUCCCAGGAAGACCCAUCCCCCUCCCAAGAUGGCUCCCCUAAGAAAGCCCUUAAUUGGGUUCUUUAGUCAUAGUCUUCAUUUUGGCUGGAAAGGCAUCUGUGUGUUGCUAUCACCUCAGACUACGUUUGUAUCGCUCUCCAGUGUUUUUUGUUUUUUUUCUACCUCUCUUUUUUUCUUUUCUCCUCCCUCUCGCUGGCCCUCUCUCUAUUGCCUUCCUUCUCUCCCUCUCCCCCGUCUCCCACUCUCUCCUCACUUAAUGAGGCCCCAUAAUAACACAGCAGUUGUGCAGUUGUUUUGCUACCUCAGUCAAACAGCGGGAUCACUGCAUAGUGUGUUUCUAGUACCAUUCACUUGUCUACUUAGACAGGGUAAUGAGUAUCAUUUGGAGCUACAAAGCACCAACCCACAAAAAGGGUGGUCCGUCAUCUCCGGUUACACCUCAGAAGCAUUUGGUCGGGGUAGUUAGACAUCUAAUCAAAGCGUUUCCACCACUCUGGAUGUAAUAUAUAUUUUUACAAGCGUUCAGUGCAAAUGCGACCGGACGCAAAGUGACACACGUGGAAGACAUUGAAAUACGUUGCUGUUGUCAACUCCAGCCUAGCCUAGUGCCGUUACUGUACGACCAUGACUCCCCGGGCACCUCACUUCAAACAAGACAGUCUGUUACCAAGGAGACCAGGCCGGUUGUGGCACAACAGUGUUUGGGGUCAACCCUCCCUACGGCCUGAUAAGUGAUGACUGUGGAGAAUGCCAACUGCUGUAUUAUUUAUUUAUUUAUUUGAUUGUGUUCUUCAUUGGCCAAAACUAGCCAACAGUAAGCCUGGCCUGAGGUCAAAGCAGGGAAGGAUUACUCCCUCAGUGGACUGGUCAACAGUAGGGAAUGCACAAAGGGAGGACUGAGUCAAUACUGGGCCGAGUUCAACACACCAUUAAAGAUCAAGGCAGAAUGCAGCACUCUUGUCUUUCUCCACAGCGGUUUUGAGCGAUAAGAAAACACUUCUCACGGUGGCAGAACUUUUGCAAAAUUACCCGAGACGCGACGGGGUCAGCAUUGUCUAUUGUUCAUCCUUCAAUCAUUGCACAGACAUGCUUUAGCUCAAAUAUCCAAGUCAUUCGAUUGCUUUAAGUCACCCUGCAGCUCGGAACCUCAAAGACAGACCACGGGUUCUUUGUUUUAGUAUCAUUUGAUGACGUUCUCUUGUGCGUUAAUUAAAUUCCUGAGUGAUGACUACGGGUAUGCACAGGUCUCAGUGGUUUUGCGCACACUCCCCGUGCUCCAGAUGUAGCUAUGCAGACUUACCGUAUGUCAGCCACGCAGGGUUGGAGGAACUCCGCACAGACUGAUGAGACUUUUAAUCAGAGCUUAGAGGGGGAUGUUUACAGUUUUUGACUGUUCCAUCAAAUUUUGGAUUAUAGAUAAACUAAAUAAGACACUUUAGCCGCAGGGGUUAAAAUAAAUGUGCUUCACUCUUCUAAUUAAAUAGUUUCUUUAAUGAGUAAUCUUUGCUGUAACUAAGACUUACUUGACUCACAUUAGCACAUCCAUGCUUUACCGUUACGGGCACAUGUUAGCAGGUCAACAGACACAAAUAAAUGUCUUGAUUCUUUAAGUAAUUAUUCGUUAAUGCGACUACGUUUUCCAUUUGUCAGAAAUUUACAAUUACAAUAUUCUCAGAGAAUACCCCAACCUAAUAAUCUGUUCAAUAGUUGCAGUCCUUCCUGUCUGACUUUCAAUACCUUUUUAUAUCCUGUAAACAUUCAGAUCAAGUACAUUUUGGGUUCGUUUGUUUUAUGCCUCUGCGCCGGCGACGGGCGUAACCGGAGGCAUUAUAUUUCUGGGUUGUCCGUCUGGUCCAUUCUCAUGAACGUGACAUUUCUGGAACACCUUGAGCAAAUUUCUUCAAAUUUGACACAAAUUUAAGUCAAUUUGCCUGGACUCAAAGAUGACCUGAAAACAUGUUGGUGGUCAAAGGUCACUGUGGCCUUUUGGCCCAUAUGAUUCUCAUGAACACUAUAUCUAAAGAACGCCUUGAGCACAUUUUUUUUCCAUACAGAGGCAUACAACUAUGAGGUGGUAAUUCUAGUUUUUUAUUACUUUACAUUAGAACCAAAAUACCAGCUCAGUAUUAUGCCCAGUUCGUCAAAUACCGACGCAAGGCACCCUUUACAGGGUCUUGAUGAGACGCACCAGUCUUUCAACUAAUUCUAAUGUGAACCCAUCCGAAACAAUGUAAAAUGCUCACAGCAACCGCUCCGGUCGUCCAUUGUCUCAGUUGAUGUAGAGAGGAGGAUUGGGUGGAUGGAUGGAUGGUCUUUUACCCAGGAGGCUGCUGUUUGUGUCCGGUGUGAAACCAAAACUCAACAUGGACUUACGUAACGUACUUAGGUUACGUAACAGUCUUUUCCUUUACCUAGUGACGCCAGGGCUUUUAUUCAGGGUUAGUUCAUGCACUCAAUUUAAUUUUGGUGACAUUUCUAUGCAAUACAUGACGUAUAAAUGUUAAAAAAUUAUUAGAAUUUGAAGAUAGAGCUCCUAGAAUUUGAGGGAUGCGUAACAUUACACAUUCAAGUUUCAAGUUUAAUUCGGUGGUCAGUUCCACGCUUGUGUAAAGUGCUUUGUUUGUGAGAGGUGCCUUGAAAAGGCCACGGCUUAAAAAGUCGUUACUGCUCACUCAGCUCUCUAACCACUCGAUAAAGCCUGGGUUUAAUGUUACAUGCUGGAUAACACCAGGUAGAAGAGCAAACGCAAUGUAGGCUACUCAACAUGUGCUCUGCAGGUAUUAACAUCGUGCUAAUCAAACAUUGUUAGCUUGCGAUUAGGCUUUACAUCUCUCUGUGAUGUUGGACAGUGUGAGGAUUGUCUUUAAUGCAGCGAGAUCAGAUGAAAGAGAGGAUGUGUGUUAGUUCGCUGGACUUCCUUUGCAGAGCUGAUGUAAGAAAUGCACCUCUGUUGCCUCACUGGAGACCGGGUGCUAUCGAUGAGAGACCAGAGCAAUGGGGAACGACAUAAAGAAUGAUUAGUUAAUAAAUCAACUCCCCAGCCAACUUGCUCAGUCUCGAUCUCUCUGCUCUUCCCCCAAUCGUUCCCCGUUUUUUCUCACCCUCUCUGCGGCAGUGUUAAAUUCCUAAGACAUGUUGCACCUGUUUGCAUGAGUACACAAGACCCCUGCCGGAUGUUCCCCCUCCUCUCGCACUACCCCUGAGGGCGUUGCAGUGGGGUGAUGUAAUCAGAUGAAAGUGGUGGUUUUAACGGUGGCACAGAGCCGAUGAGAGAAUAGGAGAGAAGGAGGAGGAGGAGGCGCGCUCCGAGCCAAUGCAGCCAGUCUUCAUAAGGGAGAAGCGGGUGCGCAUUAUUGAUCAGAGCAAAAUUUAAUUUAGUGGAGAAUUGACUGCUAUGGUUUACCUGAACACUGCUGCUAACUGGGCCCUGCAGCAGGCCUGUGUGGCCAGCAGGUGGUUGAAAGGAUCGAGGAGGAGAUUAAGGGUUGGAUAGAAGGGAAGGAAAUGGAUGAUAAGAGGAAUGGCAGAGUUUCAGGGGGAAUAUGGUGGCAUUGAAGGAGGGAGUUAGGACGAGAGCUAAAAGGCUUAAUGGAGGGCAUCUAAUCCUAAAUUGCUGUGAUUCUGGUGUGACACCAUUAGUGACAUCUUCCAUUAGUGGACAUUUUGGUCAUUUUAUUGCACGAAGAUCUCAAUUGGGUGUUUCACAUCGGAUUUGACAUUUGUGGUUGGGUACUGUCAGUAUUUAACUUAUACAGUGCCGCCGUCGAUGCAGAGGUACUUGAAGAAACUUGACAAGGAUGAAGAUUGGAAAGUGAAUUCCCCCCUCUCCCUUUCACCCUCCAUACUCAUACACAGAACAGUUUAUAGCUACACUGCAGAGUUUAGUAUCCACAGAGAUAAAGGUAUCAGUUUCAUCUUCUUUUAAGGUUUUCUUUUUCCUCUAUUUCCCUUUAGUCUGCAUGGCUGCCACAGCCACUGAAGUCGUUUAACACCGUCCUUGAGAAAGCCCUCAGUGAGAAAACUCCUGGCAUGUUUAAGGAAAAGGUAGAAUGCAGUGUGUGUCAGACAGAGCUGGGACAUGCAGAGGGGGGAGCCAUUCCCCAGAGGGGUUAUUUUCCCCUCUAAUAGCUGUUAUGAGCCCUACAUUAUAUCCAAGGAGCUACGUUCCUUUGGGGUUCACAGACACACACACACACACACACACACACACACCUAGACGCACUGGCACACUCGCACAAAGGCAUGCACACUCAGUUGAGCACAAUUUUCCUCUCUCUGUUUCUCUCUCUUCCACAUACACACACACGGUCACACACACUCCUAGCCGCUUUGCUCUGCUCGUGUCAAUAUCCUGCCAUUUGAAGUCACGUACUGCAGCGGCUUCUGGGAGUCGCCGAGGAGCCAGGCUGACGGGUAAUGGGCCGCAUUCAUUAAUAAGGUUGCCGUGCUCCUGUCCCUCCUCAGCAACGCCAAGGAUGUCUUCACCGGGGGGUAGGGGGUUGGUGGAGUGUGAGGAGGAGGAGGGGGAGGAGGUGAGGUGGGGAGAGCGAGAGAGAGAGAGUGUCCCGUGGGGAGUCUCCUCCCAGACUCACUUAAAGGAGGUUUAUUUCAGCAAGAGAGGAGAGCGGGAAUCAGAGGAGCUGUCCGGGGCCGCCUCUUAAAAAAAAAAAAAAAAGGGAGCGCAGGGCCCAGGUGAGCCACGCUAACCCUUACAGGGGUCACACUCCUGCUCCCCCGUCAAACAGCUUAUUACCCCACCUGUCGGGAAGUAAUCGCCCUAGCUGAAAGGAAAGCUGUCGAGGUGUUUAAAUGCUUUAUAUGGAGGCAGCUGAAAGGGUAAAGAGGGAAGGAAUGAAUGCAAGGGGGGGGGGGGCUAAUAGUCGUCUUCUAGAACUGCCCGAGGGAUUCUGCACCAACAGGACUGAAGGUGACUGCUUUGGUAAACCUUCUCUCUGAGGUUGCGGUAAUCAUUUUUAGAUCGUCUCUCCCUCACCGCCUUAUUUUCAAACUAGUUUAUCCGUAAAACUGUCAUCUCGCAUGCUUGUGCACUUAAUUCUGUGCCUGUGUGCGGGACAAAAUGUAUGUGUGCGCUGAGGUGUGUGUGUGUUUGUGCAUGCAUGCGUGCUGAUGACUCUGUGACAGGUGUGUCUAGUCCAUGCCAGUUUAGAGAGUCCAAGGCCGUGUUUUAAACAGAGCGCAGCAAGUGGGGCAUGUAGUUUGCAUUAAAGGGAUUAGCAGUCACUUCAAAAGAUGACCUGGAUUCAGCCCACCAGGGACACCAGUUACACACCCCCUGGUCCACACUCCCUUUAAAGAACCUGGCACAGCUGCCCCACUACAACCACUCUCAACGGCCUGUGUGUGUGCCUGCAUAAAUUUGGGAGAUACAGCAAAACAGAGUGAUAUUGUCACUGUGUUAUCCCGUUGUAGUGAAUUGUGCACCGUUACAUAUUUACAGAAGUGUAGAGGAUCAAAUCGUCAACGGCCUCACCUUCACACAAAGUAUUUCUCGACUGCUUUUUUCUGCACCGUGCAUUUACAGCACAUUUUGAUGAAUGUAAUCACUGGAUCUGAGGAUAACGUUCCAUCAGGUGUGCCAGUGUCUUGUUCUGGAUUUGCCUCCAUGCACACAGUCUUCGGGAGGCAGGUUUUCUGAUGCGAUGCUCGUGGUGGUCAGUGGUCUUGUGCCUUCGUGUUAGACCCCGACUUAACUUUGCUUAAUCCCAAACUGCUAUUAAUCCACACAGGUUCAACUCCUGUGCAAGUUAAUUGGAUCUGAAUAGUGAAAGCCUAAUGAUGACGUCGUUCAAAUGUCAAGAUAAUGAUAAGUGUUUGUCAAUCGUACCAUUUGAAAUAUAUUUCUCGGUGUCCUUGUUAUAAAAGAUGAAAAAAAAUGUCCCCAAUGUCCUUUUUUAAUGAAAGGGAAGGAAACUGAAAGAUACAUUUGUUGUAUGUGAUUAUAAUGUCUCCCUUGUUUCUUUCUGUGUCC